AUGCUUGCUAUAGGUCUCGAGGGCUCAGCCAACAAAUUGGGUGUUGGCAUCAUCGAGCACCCUCUUCUCGGCAAAGGGCACGCUACAGCCAAAAUUUUGUCCAAUAUCCGCCACACUUAUGUCUCGCCGCCGGGUGAAGGCUUCCUGCCCAAGGAUACGGCCUUGCACCACCGUGCGCAUGUUGCCGACCUGGUGCGCCGGGCCCUCAAGGAGGCCGGCCGCACCAUCGCCGACAUAGCGUGUAUCUGCUACACCAAAGGUCCUGGCAUGGGUGCACCGCUGCAGUCCGUUGCCAUUGCAGCGCGCACGCUGGCACUGCUCUGGGACAAGCCGCUUGUGGGAGUGAACCAUUGCGUGGGCCACAUAGAGAUGGGCCGCACGAUCACGCGCGCGAUGAAUCCGGUCGUGCUGUACGUAUCCGGCGGGAACACACAAGUGAUUGCGUAUGCGAGCAAUCGGUAUCGAAUCUUUGGGGAAACGCUGGAUAUUGCGGUGGGCAACUGUCUCGAUCGCUUUGCCAGGACGCUGAACAUCAGUAAUGAUCCGGCGCCCGGGUACAAUAUCGAACAACUCGCGAAGAAUGGGAAAUGGCUUCUGGAUAUCCCGUACGCAGUCAAGGGCAUGGACGUAAGCUUCUCGGGAAUUCUGGCAAGGAUAGAUGAGCUGGCGGCGCAGACGAAAUCGGGAACACUGAAGGCGCCGGAUGGGGGACUCAUCACGCCUGAGGACCUUUGUUUCACACUACAGGAGACGGUGUUCGCUAUGCUGGUGGAGAUCACGGAACGAGCAAUGGCGCAUGUGGGUAGUACGCAGGUCCUGAUUGUUGGGGGCGUGGGAUGCAAUCUGAGGGUGCAAGAGAUGAUGGGGAUCAUGGCUGAAUCGCGGAGAGGCUCGGUUUUUGCCACGGAUGAGCGAUUCUGCAUCGACAAUGGGAUAAUGAUUGCCCACGCCGGGUUGCUGGCUUUUGAGACAGGCCAAGUCACGAAGCUAGAAGACAGCACGUGCACGCAGCGAUUCAGAACGGACGAUGUUUGGGUGGGCUGGCGAGACGAUUGA